AUGCUUGCACCAAAUGUGAAGACAGUUGCCGUCAUCCUGGUAAUGCUUGUGCCGUUUGUGUGUGCGUAUGUCGAUAAAGCAGGUAAAUAAAUAUUGCUGCGAAAUCAAAUUAAUUUAAGCGAUCAUUUUCAAAACAUUUUUGGGACUAAGGUUAAAGGGGAUAUGUCAUGGCAAGUUCCAGGCUUUGCAAAAUUUAUAACCUGGGUUGGGUUGUUGAAAGCUGGGGAAAUUUGAAUCAGAUAUGAAAGGUUAAAAGGGAAAUUCAGUUUUAAUUUUUUUUGUCUACAAUUUGCUGAUUGGAAUUAGAUGUUCUAAAAGUAAUGGAGAGAAUUACCCGAUAAAUCGACUUAAAAAUCUACAAGAUUAAACUUUAACCCCGGGCAAUUGGCCUUCGAACAACCUGAGGUAUUGUUAGCAAUCUUUUGUCAUACUUGGAACUCUAGAAGAAAAAUAUCCAAUUUUUCUUGCAAAGAAAGAACCAAGCGUGAUCGGCUUUUGGUCAUUUGUAGACAACACCUUGGCCAAAUUCCUUCAAUUUUUUCAAUUCUUUUCAAGUUCAAGCAUAGAUGUCAUGUACUUUUUUAAGAGCAUCUAAAAAAAAAACAAAACAAAAAACAUAUGUUCAUAUUCUAAAACUGUGACGAGAAAUUGGCCAAACUUUGGAAGAAAAUCAAGGAGGUGAGGUUGUUAAGAACUUGACCGAACGAUACAAGUAAAUAGGAGAGUUAAAAGUCGACCUUCCGCCGUCAUCAUAACGCCAUUAUCAAGACUAUCUAAAAUAUUUUGCGUAUAUAUGUAUCGGUAUAGGAAAAUUACUGAAUUCGGUUUUCUUGGGAUGUGAAGAUUGAAUUAUGCAGAUCUCGGAGGCUGUGUUAUCCACCUCGGCUGAGGCCCCUCUCUUACACGUCAACUGGAAGUGGACUUUUUGCAUGCAAAGACACUUAGGAAAACAAAUUUGUUCGCAGGGAAAAGGUCUCAUUUCCGGUUGACCUGCGUCGCUCAAAAACGUCUAUUAUGAGUUUUCGAUCAAGUUCUGUACUGCAUUUGUGCAUUUUAUCGAUCUCACAACAAUCUCUCUUUUUUGUUACCGAAAGGCAACAACGUUGGUUUUAUUAAAUGCCCGGACGGAGGGCUUUGUGGAAAUGGUCAAACAUGCUGUUAUCUAGCAAGUCACAGAAGUUACGGCUGCUGCGAUAAACCACGAGCUGUUUGUUGUAGGGGCAAACUGGACGGAAUGUGUUGUUCACGUGGUUACAGGUAAGUUUGCUUGCGCUUAAACUGUACAACUACAACUUUCAACUUUCAACUUUUAAGUAUUGAAAUUUGGAAAAGUUAGGUAAGGUGUAAUAAGUGACUGAUAAAUAUUUAGGAGGGUGGCAGUGGGAACAAUUUGUCUUAAUCUCGCAUUUACCCAAUUGUUUUACUUAUUUUGUUUGCAACAGAGUAAAUAUGAGUCUUGCACGAUAGAUUUUCAUCGAUCAACAGUCCAAGAUAUUUAAUAAAGUUUUUACGUUCAACGGUAACCUUUUUAUUGCUUUCAUUGUCAAAAACAUUAAUUUGGAAUCUUUUUUGGUAUGAACAAAAAACUACAUAGUUUAACUUUAUAUAACAUUCAGAGAAAGCUUACUUGAAGUCAGCCAGUUAUUCAAGUUGUGUAAUUCUGCAUUUACUGUAAGUUCCAGUUUCUUUAAAUCUUUAUGAGCAUGACGAGCGUUAGUGUCGUCAGCAAAAAGGAAAAAUUGUCAUUUAAUAUAUUAUAUAUUUUGUAUAAAGCAAGAAGAGAAGCGGACCUAGGACAGAUCCUUGGGGUACGCCGCAAUUGAUAUUUAGUUUACUAGAUAUAUGAGAGCCAAUUUCAGUAGCUUGUGUGCGAUUUGAUAAAUAAGAAUACAGCCACUGAUUGACAAUUCCACAGAAGCCAUAAUAAUUUAGUUUAUCAAGUAAUAUAUUAUGAUUCACAGUGUCAAAGGCUUUUUUAAGUCAAUAAAAACUCCAGAUGAAAAGAGUUUUUUGUCCAUAUUGAUUUGUAUAGUUUCUACCAUAUCAGGAAUAGCAUGUUGGGUUGAGUGAGCUUGACGAAAACCAUAUUGAGACGAAUAUAAUAGGCUGUGCUUUUCAAUAAAGUCUCUCAAUCUUUCGAACAUAAUUUCUUCGAAGAUCCUAUUGAAAUUUGAUAAUAAUAAAAUUUGCCUAUAAUUAGAAGUGUCGGUCUCGUCGUCAGCUUUGAAGAUAGGUAUAAUUUUUGACGUUUUAAGUUUUUUGAGGUAGGCCCCAAGAGUGACAAAUGUAUUGAGAAUGUCUGAAAGAACUGGGGAGAUGGCGUCGCUUCAGUAUUUAAGAAGUUGAGUGGGACAGAAGUAUAAGCCAUUGGAUUUGCUGUUUGGUAUAGAUAAAAUUUGAAUUUGAAUUUUCGAUGGAGUUACAGGUUUGAAGAAAAACGCGCGGCGCUCUGCCGGUGGUAAUUUGCUUGCUGAGAUGUUGCCAACAUUUGAAAAUGUUUAUUUAAGAUAUUAGGUAUAUGUGAGGAAUAAUUAGCAAGGUUAUUGUUGUUAUUGUCGUUCACUGCGAACGAGCAAAUUAUUCCCCUAAACACAUUUCUAAUACUUUCAUCAUACAAAGGGCAUAACAUUAUGCAAUAAAAUUAUUUUUUAGCAUAUGUAACGGCCUUUUCGGUCGCUAUAUUAACGUCACGCGGAGUAAACUUGGGAAAUAAGAAAGAACGAUAUUUUUUCAAAACGGAAAACGCUAUCACGUUGAAAACUUGCACAGAAAUUUAUUUUUACGAGAUCUUUUGCUAGCUGGAGAUAAAACCUUAAAAGUCCUUACGAUUUUGGAGUUCGGUUGUUUGUGGUAUCGCCCCGUGUAAAGUAUUCCAGGACAGUCUUGGAUUCUAGAUUCCAGGAACUGGAUUCCAGUCUUUGUCCGCAGAACUUGGAUUCUAGGAUUCCAAUCGUUAGUGGGAUUCCGGAUUCCUUUAGCUGUGGUCCGGAUUCCAUAAGCAAAAUUUAUCCGGAUUCCGGAAUCCGGAUUUCCAUUUCAUGGGUCGAAAUGGUACGGUUUUUACCAGUAGAAGUAAGUAGGGCCGACAGAAGCAUUUUAUGGCUGUGAAAAAGUCGGGAAAACGUUCUGGUUUUGUGACUUAUUUAUAUUUUAAAGAGAGUGCAUCUAGAGCAGUUUGAAAUGAUGGAAAGUGUAUGUGAAAGGGAUACUAUUUGUCAAAAGAAUGUAUAUAAUACGAAAGGGGUAUCUUUUCUGUAAAAAAAUGGUAAUUAGGUCAAAUGCAGGUGAAUUUCCUUGGAGUUAAAUUCUUGGGGACUGCACUCAAAGUUUAGAAAGGAAAAAAAAAAUUGUUACUAUGUCUUAACGUCCUCUAUAAAACACGCAUAUCAAAAAGAAAAUUUCACGCCGUGCUCGUGGAGCCAAAGUAAUAAAAUGUACCAAAAAGUGUGCUGCCUGCACGUGCAAAAUUGCACGCCUUUCUAUUUCCAAGGACCAUUUUACAGAUUAGUUUUGCAGGGACCGCAACGAAAUUAACAGAAUAGGGUGACGGAUGCGCGCGCAGAGUUAUUAUUUCGCUUACUAAUCAUAACUAUUUCAAAAUUCUCAAAUCUGAUUGGCUAUCAACUGCCCUGAUUUUGUGCGCACUAAAGUAAAAAAAAAGGUAUGGACUAAUAACGCUUUAAGAACGUUCUCUGUAAAGUAUUUCUGAAAUCAUAUGUUUUUGUUCACAGCACUCAGUAUAACAGCACAGUCCGAUCAAAAGUGAAACGGUUUUCCCGCUCGACCCGCAAAAUAUACACUCCUGCGUUGUGUGCCACAAUAAAUCUCACUUGUAAAAUAGCAUCGCGUCAGAGCAAAAAACCUCUCUCCUCUUCCCUAAUAUUAAAAAUUUGUCAUGCCGAAGAUUAAAUGAUUAUGCAUACACUCUUCGGUCUGUUUUCGGCAGCAACACAAAAGGCUAUUGUUUUGGUGAAUUGGACCCUCUACAAUACACCAUUUCUUGAUACGAUUCUUUCUUUGCUUUGUAGAUGUAACGCAGCCGAAUUAAGAUGCGAACCUAGUGUAAUAAAGACGAAGCCAACCGACUUGGAUGCAACUGAAAUUCGUAGUUCUUACAGAGAAUUAUUCCCAGAUCAGCGUUUCGACUUCGAAUAA